UCUUAGGUGUGAAUUGGGUGCUGUGUGUAAGAGUGGUAGAAGGUGGAUCUUUCUUCUCCACGGUGCCAUUAUGAGUAGUGAAUUCCUGGCGGAGCUGCACUGGGAGGAUGGGUUCGCUAUUCCGGUGGCGAACGAAGAGAACAAGAGACUGGAAGAUCAGUUGUCAAAACUGCAGGAGGAAAGGUCAGACUUACAAGAGCAGCUUCGUGACUAUGAAGAUCGAAUCAGUGCUAUGACUACUCACUUCAAAAAUGUUAAGCAAGAGUUUUCGUUUACACAGUCUCUUUGUAAAGCCAGGGAGAAUGAGAUUGAAAGUGAAGAACAUUUUAAGAUUAUUGCUGAAAGAGAACUGGGACGAGUGAAGGAUGAAAUCCAACGACUGGAAAAUGAGAUGGCUUCAAUACAGGAAAAGAAAAGUGAUAAGGAAAACAGGAUAUUUAAAAGUACUCAAAAAUUGGAUGGUUUGAAGUGUCAAAUGAACUGGGACCAGCAAGCUCUUGAGGCCUGGUUAGAAGAAUCAGCUCAUAAAGAUAGUGAUGCCCUCACUCUUCAGAAGUAUGCACAACAAGAUGAUAAUAAAAUUAGGGCACUAACCCUGCAAUUAGAAAAACUGACAUUGGAAUGUAAUCAGAGGAGAAAGGUACUUGAUAAUGAACUUACAGAGACUUUAAGUGCACAGUUAGAAUUGGAUAAAGCAGCACAAGAUUUCCGUAAGAUUCACGUAGAAAGACAAGAACUCAUCAAACAGUGGGAGAACACAAUAGAACAGAUGCUGAAGAGAGAUAAAGACAUAGAUAACUGUGCCUUGGCAUUAGCAAGGAUAAAGCAGGAAACAAGAGAAAAAGAGACUUUGGUUAAGGAAAAGAUCAAGUUUUUGGAAAAUGAAAUUGGGAAUAACACAGAAUUUGAGAAAAAAAUUUCUAUUGCUGAUCGUAAAAUUUUAAAAUGUAGAAUGGCAUAUCAGCACCAUGAAACUAGUAGAAAUCAGCUGAAGGAUGAGCUGGAUUCCUUAAAAGCCACUGUGAGUAGAAGUUCCAGUGAUUUAGAAGCUCUAAGGAAAAAUACUUGCAAACUAAAGAAGGAUAUUCAGGAAGAAACAGCAAAGUUACACAAAAUUAAAAAUCAUAAUAAUAUUAUUAACAAAAAAUUAAAGCAAAUAACUGAGCAAACUAUGUCUGUUGAAGAGAAAGCAACCAAUUUGGAAGAUAUGUUAAGAGAGGAGGAAAGAAGUACAAAGGAGGUGGAAGUUCAGUUGAACAUAGUGAAAGGUGUGCUGUUUAAGAAAGUUCAGGAAUUACAGACUGAGACAAUGAAAGAAAAAGCUGUUGUAUCGGAAAUUGAGGGAACGCGUUCCUCUCUAAAACACCUCAACAAUCAGUUACAUAAACUGGAUUUUGAAACCUUGAAGCAGCAAGAAAUUAUGUACAAUCAGGAUUUUUAUAUUCAACAAGUGGAACGUCGAAUGUCUCGGUUAAAGGGAGAUAUUAAUUCAGAAGAAAAACAAGCCCUUGAAGCAAAAAUUGUUGAACUUAAAAAGACACUGGAAGGGAAGAUGUCUACAUUUGAACUUUUGGAAGUACAGAUCAAGAAGCUGCAGAAUGAUCUUUACUUUAUCAAGAAGGCAAAUGAUAAAAAUUGUGAUGAAAAACAGUCCCUCAUGACCAAAAUAAAUGAACUAAACCUUUUCAAUGACAGAUCAGAGAAAGAACUUAAGAAAGCCAAAACUUUAAAACAGGAUUUGAUGAUAGAAGACAACCUUUUAAAACUAGAAGUUAAACGUACUCGAGAAAUGCUUCACAGUAAGGCAGAAGAAGUGCUUUCUCUGGAGAAAAGAAAACAGCAAUUACACACAGCUAUGGAAGAGCGAACAGAAGAAAUUAAGGUUCACAAAGCAAUGCUUACAUCACAAAUAAGAUAUGUUGAUCAAGAACGACAAAACAUAAGUGCUGAGUUUCAUGAGCGACUAAGUAAAAUUGACAAGCUGAAGAAUAGAUAUGAAAUUCUUACUGUUGUUAUGCUACCUCCUGAAGGAGAAGAGGAGAAAACACAGGCCUAUUAUGUAAUAAAGGCUGCUCAAGAAAAAGAAGAGCUUCAAAGGGAAGGUGACAGUUUGGAUGCUAAGAUCAAUAAAGCUGAAAAAGAAAUUUAUGCUCUGGAAAACACCUUGCAAGUGCUGAACAGCUGUAACAGAAAUUACAAACAAUCUUUAAAAAAAGUGACCCCAUCUAGUGAUGAGUAUGAGCUAAAAAUCCAGUUGGAAGAACAAAAAAGAGCUGCUGAUGAAAAAUACAGAUACAAACAAAGACAAAUCAGAGAACUACAGGAAGAUAUCCAGAGCAUGGAAAAUACGUUAGAAGUUAUAGAACAUUUAACAAGUAAAGUCAAAGCAAAGUUAUCAGAGAAGCAGGCUUACUCAUUUCAACUAAGUAAAGAAAUUGAGGAGCAGAAACCAAAAUUAGAAAGAGUAACUAAACAGUGUGCAAAACUCACCAGUGAAAUCCGUUUUUUGAAAGACACAAAAGAUGAAACACUAGAAGAAAAAGACAUCAAACUUCGUGAAGUAAAACAGUUUCACAAGAACAUUGAUGAAAUGUUAAUUGAUGUCAUACAAGAAAAUGCUGAAAUCAGUAUUAUCCUUCAAACCUACUUUCAGCAGAAUGGUUUAGAACUACCUACACCUAAGACUAAACGUAGUCUUCAGAGUUCUAGAUCUCCUUCACAGACUUCCUUGACAUCAACAAAGUCAUCUAGGAGUUCAAGUACUUCUGCUUCUCAGACUUCUGUUAACGUCCUAGAGCUGAACUUCCCAGACACCUUUUCAGUAGUUGGCAGCAAUUCUAGGCCAGCUAGUUCUAGCAGUAGCCCCAGUAAUGGUAAAUGGAAAAAGGGUAGCAAAUAAACAUUUUUUCUUUUUGACAGUUGUAAAAAUAGCAUCAAAAUCUCAUGUUAAAUUAGCAAAAUUUACCCUGUGCUUUAGGGUGGUAUUUACAAUGGCAUAUACAGAUUAUUAAAACAGUGCUCAAAAUAGGGAAUGACCAGAUAAAAAGUUUUAUCUAGUGGAAAAUCUGAAAGUUGAAUCUUAAAAACAAAAAAAUUUAUGCUUUAAAAAGCCAA